CAAUGCUAUCAAAUUAAAGCAUAUUUUUGCGCCUGUUGAUUUGGGUUUUGGUUUUAAUUCUGAUCUUUCACAAAAAAAUCUGAGAAAUGAGUCCCAAAUUAUCCAAAGAUGUAAACAAGAACGAUGGCUUUGGGAGGACAAGACAAAGUCAAAGAUUUAAUCCCAUGAGAAACCAGCGUGGGAAACAUAGAGGUGUUCAGCAGGACACUUUGCUAGAUCUGAUUAUUUCGGGUCUGCAUCCACACACCUUAGUUGAGGAGCCUGGCUUUUCACAAUUUUUGCAAUUUAUAAGGUAUGGUUGUCCAACAGCUGACUUAAUACUCUUUGAGCUUAACAAUUUGUUCUCUGAAACAAUGGGAAUUGUUCAAUGCCAACUUGAAAAAAUUUAUAAUGUCACACUGUCAUCUGAAGUAUGGAAAACCACUGCAAAGAAAAUCUAUAUGACUACAACUUGUCACCUGAUUGAUGACGCCUGGACUCAAAUGUCAUUUGUUUUGGAAACCACACCUCUUCCUGAAGCAUACACACCAAAAAAUUUUGUUGUACAGCUUUGGAAAACAGCACAAAAAUGGAAAAUUGAAAGUAAGAUUAAAGUGGUCAUUACAAAUGUUGAAGGUAUAAAAAGGGAAAUAAAAAAUUGUGGAUGGAAGCACAUUCCCUGCUUUGCCCACAUACUAGAUGUUGUCUUUAGAGCAACACUUGAAGCAUCCUCAGACUGGAAAGAACUGGCACAACGAUGUUGUUGUAUAGCACAGUAUUUUUCCCAAAAUGUCGAAGCACAGGCUCAACUCAAAGAGAGACUAACAAGGCAUCGGUUGUCACCAGAUAAUCUGAUUGAGUCAAAUGCUGAUCGAUGGCUUCCUACCUUGAAAAUGCUAGAAAGAAUCACAGAGCAGCACAAAGCUAUAAGUGAAGUACUCAUUCAAAGUCAUGUUGACUUGUUGUUAAGUGAGCAUGAAAAUAAAAACAUAAAUAAGGCAAUAGCAUGCCUCAGAGUAUUCCAGGGUGUUAUGACAGCUGAGACAGCAAAGCGAUAUCAUUUACUGUCAAACGUUAUACCACAGGUAGAGGACAUGAAACAGAAACUAAGAGAGUUGGAGCGUAACAGAAACGAGUUUGCUAAGGAAUUAGUGAAGCAUUUCAUUCAUCAUUUUGGUAAAAUCAAAGAAAUUAAUUGGCUAACACUGAGCACAGCACUUGACCUGAGAUACAGAGACAUUGUGAUUUCUGAUAGGGGAAAUUCAACACACAUAAAGAAAAUGAUCAUAGGUGAAAUGCAUAAUGAGUCUGAAAAUAGCUUUAGAGAGCAAGUCAAUUUUGACAAAGCCUUGAACAGGUACUUAAAUAAAGAAAUUUUGCGGAGGGAUUGGGAUCCCCAUGCAUUCUGGAAGUUCCCAAAAGAUGAAGACUGGCACUUAAGUGAAGUUGCACGCAAAUACCUGACUCCUUUAUCUACUGCAAUGCCAGCUGAUGUCGCCUUUGACACUGAAAAAGCAAGUUUAGUUGCCAGUCGAAGAAAUAGCUUGGAUCCACAACACCUAAAUAUGAUGUUGUUUCUAAAUGGCAACAGAUAGUAUCUGCAAUAUGAUCUCUAGAA